AUGCCGGCGAAUUUAGAGCCGUUGGAUCUAGGAAUCCAGAUACCAUACCAUUUCCGUUGCCCAAUCUCACUCGAGCUUAUGCGUGAUCCAGUCACCGUCUGCACCGGUCAAACCUACGACCGAACCAGCAUCGAGUCUUGGGUCUCAAUCGGAAACACAACUUGUCCAGUCACACGCGCUCCUUUAUCCGACUUCACACUCAUCCCCAACCACACUCUCCGUCGCUUAAUCCAAGAAUGGUGCGUCGCUAAUCGCUCUAAUGGCGUCGAGCGAAUCCCAACUCCUAAACAACCAGCUGAUCCAACCUCCGUUCGAGCUCUCUUAAGCCAAGCUUCCGCUACUUCCGGAGCUCACGUCUCUGUUCGUUCACGCGCCGCCGCUCUCCGCCGUCUCCGUGGAUUCGCACGCGAUUCCGAGAAAAAUCGGGUUUUGAUCGCCGCUCAUAACGCCGGUGAGAUUUUGGUUAGGAUUCUGUUCAAUUCCGACGAAGGAAACUCUCCGUCGUCGGAAUUAGUAUCCGAGUCACUCGCUCUCCUCGUUAUGUUCCCGAUUUCGGAUCCGGAAUCGAUCGCGACGGAUCCGAACCGGGUCGAGUUUUUGACUCGGUUGCUAUUCGACCCGUCGUCGAUGGAAACGCGCGUUAACGCAGCCGCGUUGAUCGAGAUGGUUUUAACCGGAACGAAAUCGUCCGAUCUGAAAGAAACGAUUUCGAAUUCGGAAUCUGUAUUCGAAGGAGUCAUCGAUCUUCUUAGAAAUCCGAUCUCGUCGUCUCCACUACGAGCUCUUAAAAUCGGAAUCAAAACGCUAUUCGCGCUCUGUUUAUCGAAAAACACACGUCACAUCGCCGUCUCUUCCGGUGCACCGGAGAUUCUAAUCGACAGACUUGCUUCCGAUUUCGACAGAUGCGAUACGGAGAGAGCGUUAGCGACGGUGGAGCUUCUCUGCAGAUCGCCGGAAGGAUGCGCGGCGUUUGGCGAGCACGCUUUGACGGUGCCGCUUUUGGUGAAAACGAUUCUGAGGGUUUCGGAUCGCGCGACGGAGUACGCGGCGGGGGCGUUGUUAGCGAUUUGUACGGCGGAGGAACGGUGGAGAGAAGAGGCUGCGACGGCGGGAGUGGUGGUUCAGUUGUUGUUGAUGGUGCAGAGUGAGUGUACGGAGAGAGCGAAGAAGAAAGCACAGAAACUGUUGAAGCUUCUCAGAGAUUCAUGGCCUGAUUACUCCUUCGCUAACUCCGAUGAUUUCGGUUGCAGCGAAGUGGUCCCAUUUUGA